GUUGGUAUGCUCUUGUUGGGAUUCGUGACGCCCGCAAUAACCGGAGUAAGCGCUUGCUACUUCUACUCAUCUUGGGACAGCCGCCUGACGAUACGAUGACUCAGUUCGCCUUAGCAUCUGUUGCUCGCCCCUACGUGGCUCCGGAAGACUCGGGGCUACGAUGGUGUGUCUCGACAUCAAGUUCAACCCAAGCCACCCUAUCACAAGCCACCCUGUAUCAGAGGUAGUAUGAUGGGUGCUCGCGCAUCGUCCAUCGUCUUCGACGGCCUUGUCCUCGCGUUCACAUGGAUGAAGACGAGACAACCCAGCCUGCCUACUCGCAUAACGAAAAAUUACAGUGUGUCGACAAUUCUUCUACGCGAUACAUUCUUGUAUUUUAGUGCCCUGUUCACUGUGCAUGUUAUUGGCCUCGCAAUCGGCCGUCUUCAAAGGUGGUACGAGAUCACGGAGGUGUGGAUCCUAGCAUUUACAUCUGUCAUCCUUUCACGCCUACUCUUCAAUCUCCGCGAGACAACCGAAACCGGAAUCAACAGUUCUGACCAUGGGGGCGCGGCACCAUUGACGUUCAGCUCCAUACUGUUCGCGAGCGUCUUGAAAACAGGUCCGAGUCAUGAAUCCGAAUUGUCGCCUGACGGGGAGGCCGAGGUGGACGAUUGUUGACGCGGACGUCGAUGGUAUUACCGUACAGAGUGACUGGAGCUACAAGCACAGAGGCAUCUAGGAUUGCAU